AUGAGAUUACUGAUUUCAUGGUCCUUAUUUCGUCAUAUAUAUAACCAGAUUGUGAAACUAUUUGUGAUAGGUAAGAAUCCAACUUUGGCACUCCAACUUGUGAGGUGUCUCUGGGAAACCCUUCUUGAGCUUGAUUGCGAAGAGAUACAAAUGAAAAGAGUGAUAAGUGAACCAUCUCAAGUAAUAUUCAUAGCCGCAGAAGUUGGAAACUUUGAGGUUUUGGCUGAGCUAGUUAGAUCUUACCCGGAUCUCGCAUGGGAAGUUGAUGCAGAAAAUCGAAGCAUCAUUCACAUAGCUGUUUUACACCGCCAUGCAGCCAUAUUUAAUCUAAUAAAUGAAAUAAGAACUAUCAGGAAUUUUGUAGUAACAUACGAGGAUGAUGACCAAAACAAUUUACUGCAUUGUGCUGCAAAAUUAGCACCACCAAGCCAACUUAACUUGGUGUCUGGAGCUGCUUUUCAGAUGAUGCACGAGCUACGGUGGUAUGAGGUAUCUCAUUAA